UAUUGUUCCUUGAACAGCAGUCAGCGACGAACAGCCGUCUGGCGCUGCUGCCUUUGAAAUGGCGUUGAUGCGUCUAAACACUUACUUAUUUGUGGUUAUUGCCCUCAUUUAGGUGCUUUUGGUUGUUUUUCCUCUCUAACGUCAACUUUUGGACGUGACUUACACUUCUGGACAUUGUAGUGUUGUUAAACAAAAAUGUGCUAGAGCUGUUUGUUUGUAAUUUACGCUGCAUUAUAAGGCCGCAGCUAGCCCCGAGCUGUCGUAGGGAUUUCAGCAGCUUAUGAGCGCUCGGCCCUGCAGCAGCCACAUUUCGGUUCCCCGGUGAAUGCUGUUUGCCAUGUGUGUCAGGAACAGGCAUCUGGCAGCCAAGUGAAUCACUGACAGAUCAGCUCAUCAGUGACGUUACCCUGUUUCUUUAUUUUGGCUCUUUACUAAAUUAGUUCAUUAGAUUGUUCCUCCCUUUGGAAUCUGAUUGGGACUGCUGCAAGUGAUUUGGUUUAUCAGACAGUGGGAAGCUUGGUUCCCAACAUAAACAUACACACACACACACACACACAGUAUGGCAUCAGUACCAGUGUACUGCUUAUGUCGCCUACCAUAUGAUGUCACCCGCUUUAUGAUCGAGUGUGACAUUUGUCAAGACUGGUUCCAUGGAAGUUGUGUUGGAGUGGAGGAGGAUAAAGCAGCAGAAAUUGAUCUGUAUCACUGCCCCAACUGUCAGGUCACCCAUGGGCCAUCUGUUAUGCGUAAGCGUCGUGGUGGGAAUAAGCAGACAGAUGGAGGUCCUGCUGGAGGAAGAGAUCCUAGUCGGCCCGUCAAAACGGGUAGCCCUCAGUUUGUCAGGGAGCUACGGAGCCGCACCUUCCCAAGUGCGGAUGAGGUGCUGUUGAAGCCUUCGGGGGCUCAGCUGACAGUGGAGUUUCUUGAGGAGCGUUCAUUCAGUGUUCCUGUCAUGGUAUUGAGGCGGGACGGACUAGGCAUGAACCUGCCCCCAUCAUCAUUCAGCGUCAGCGACGUAGAGCACUACAUUGGUGCAGACAAAGAAAUUGAUGUGAUUGAUGUAUCUCGCCAAUGUGACCUGAAGAUGCGAUUGGGAGACUUUGUGGAGUACUACAACAGCCCCAACAGAGACCGAGUUCUCAAUGUAAUUAGCCUGGAGUUCUCUGAGACCAGGCUCUCAAACCUGGUGGAAACUCCAAAGAUAGUGAGGAAACUGUCAUGGGUGGAGAACCUCUGGCCUGAGGAGUCUGUGUUUGAGCGGCCCAAUGUACAGAAGUACUGCCUGAUGGGGGUGAAGGAUAGCUACACAGAUUUCCACAUUGACUUUGGAGGAACGUCAGUAUGGUACCAUGUCCUGAGGGGUGAGAAAAUCUUCUACCUGAUUUCUCCCACGCCAGCCAACUUGGCCCUGUUUGAGCGCUGGAGCUCCUCAUCCAAUCAGAAUGAGAUGUUUUUUGGAGACCAAGUUGAUAUGUGUUACAAGUGCUCUGUCAAGCAAGGAAACACCCUGUUUAUCCCAACGGGGUGGAUUCAUGCUGUGCUCACCCCAGUGGACUGCCUGGCUUUUGGAGGAAACUUUCUACACAGUCUCAACAUUGACAUGCAGCUACGAGCGUAUGAAAUAGAAAAGAGGUUAAGUACAGCUGACCUCUUCAGAUUCCCCAACUUUGAGACUGUGUGCUGGUAUGUUGGAAAGCACCUACUCGACACAUUCAGAGGUUUGAGAGAAAACCGCAGGCAUCCCGCCACUUACUUGGUUCAUGGAGCGAAGGCUCUGAAUAAUGCCUUCCGCACCUGGACCCGCAAAGAGGCUUUAGCUGAGCACGAAGUGGAGAUUCCAGAAACCAUCAAGACUCAGCAGCUUGUGAAGGACCUGGCCAAGGAGAUCCGUCUGGUUGAGGACAUCUUCCAGCAAAACAUCGGCCGUACUGGACCUCAGUACCCUGGGUCCCCACUCUCCAAAGCUCCUCUGGCUGCUUCUCAGAAUUCAGGCCGUCCCCCUGGGAAAAAGAGAGGUCCCAAACCCAAGGAGGGGAUAGGGGGUGUUGGGCCCCCAGGAACCAAGAAGAAGGGUCAGAAGGGUCUACUAAAGGCAGAGGCUGGAGAACUUGAUCUCCUUGAGAUCCACACUAAACACACACUCAAGAAAUUCCAACCUGGGAAGUCCAAAAACAAGAACAAGUUAGAGCUGCCACUAGAGGAGUUUGAAGGGAAGCUUAAUAAAAGCAAGCUGAAGCUGGUGCUGACCAAUGGAAAAAUUCAAGGCAAGAAGGAGGGUCGUUCAGGCAGCAGUAAUGGAGCAGGAAGUGCAGGAAACUAUAAACAUCUAGCCAUGGAGGGAUCGAGUCUGUCUGACUUGGAGUCCGAGGAUGAGCUGCAGAUUGAUGAGACGCCCCCUCCACGACGCAAACCUGCAGGAUCUGGCAAGAAGAAGAAACUAAGUGGUCUUCCCAGGAAGCUCCCUAGAGCAAAGCCCUGCUCUGACCCCAAUCGAGUCAGGGAGCCAGGAGAGGUGGACUUUGACAUUGAGGAGGAUUACACCACAGAUGAGGAGGCAUUGGCUGCUCAUGGAGUGAAGGGUGGUGCUGGUGGUAUUCUGGACCUGCUGAAGGCCAGCAAGCAAGUGGCAGGCUUGGACUCUGCAGCACUCAGUGAGGAAGCUCCAGCCUCUCCAAGUACUCGUGAUGCCAUCCAAGGCAUGCUCUCCAUGGCUAAUCCACCUUCCUCAUCCUCGUCCUCCUCCUCCUCAUCUCCACUGUCUAUCUCUGGAGGACUGACUGAGGGGCUGGGGGUGGUCAAGGAGAAGGGAGGGAGGGCUGUGUGGGUGACUGGAGGGGUCAAAAAGACAGGAAGUCCAGAGAAGAAGCCUGCCAUCCAGCAGCGGCCUGGGAAACGGCCAAUUAAACGGCCGGCCCGUCACCUUAGUGACGAGGAGAGUCCAGAUGAGCAAGAGACUCUGGGCACUUGUUUUAAAGAUUCAGAUUAUGUUUACCCGUCCUUGGAGUCUGAUGAGGAGGACCAUGCCAGCAAGGCCAAGAUGAAGCGUAAGAAAAACUGGGAUGAUACACCUUGGAGCCCCAAAGCUCGGGUGAUGCCCACUCUUCCAAAACAAGAGCGGCCGGCCAGAGAAGGGGCUAGAGUAGCAUCAGUGGAAACAGGCCUUGCAGCAGCAGCUGCCAAGUUGGCACAACAAGAGCAGCAGAAGCCUGCUAAAAGGAAGUAUACCAAAAAGCAGCGUCCCCCUGCUCCUGUAGCCCCUCCUCCCCCUGUUCAGACUGAGCCAGCCCCAGCCUCCCCACCACCUGCCCCGGAGUCUGCAGACUUCAGUCCAGACAGGAGGAUGGAGUACUACUCUGCCAGUCUGUUAGACCAUGAAUACACAGCAGGACCAGGACCCUUUGGACCAGGGGGCCCCAGAGGCAGUGGAGCCAUGGCCCCAGGUGUAUUCCUCACUUCAAGGCGACCUUCCCUCUCUCCUCAGAACAGCAGUACUUACUCCCCCUCUGGUGCGUCUCCUGCAGGGUUAGCCAGCCAGGGCACCCCAGGAGCUGGUCAAGGGAAACGUCCAAAGAAAGGACUGGCAACUGCAAAACAGAGACUUGGAAAAAUUCUGAAAAUUCACCGCAACGGCAAACUUCUCUUGUGAGAGAUGAUGGAAAUGUGGCUGAAGAUUUUAAAAGGCUUUUAUCAUAGAAGGUGUGAAAGAAGUGGCUGCUUCAAGAGAUUGUGACUUAUAUUUUGUACUCUAGCUAAAGCUCUUUAGUAUUGUUUAUGACAUCUUCCCAGAUCUUGUCCAAUAUCACUUCCCCUGUUCAGCUACUUGGACAUUGUGCUUCCACUUACUCAUGUCUGCAUAUACCUGUUUUCAGAAGCACAUUACCUAGGUUAUCUACAGCAGAAGAAACUGGUUUGCUAAAACUAACAUGGUAAGGCACCCUUAAUGCAUAAUUGUAUUCACAUGGCAUUGGCAAAAAGAAAUGCUUAAACAGAUUUCAAAAUGACAGGAGUGGGCAUCACAUUUAACUGGUAAGGCUGGCUCAAAUGACAGUGAUGAGCUCUAAAAUCUCCUAUUAUUUAGUUUAUUUUUGGUGUCUAUGUAGAGUUUGUACUGUCCAUUAUCAGUUUGUAAAGGGAAAGAACAUGUUUUCUAGCCAGGUAUAAUGCAGUGUCUUUGUUUUGAUUGUACAGGGUUUCCUGUUGGUUGGAAAUGUAUUCCCCUGCGGUUGUAUUUAGUUGUCAUUUUACCUCAGUCAAUAGAUUCUUGAGGGGAAUUAUCAGUUCAAAGCAACACCAGUCUCUGCAUAGAUGAAAGAGUUUAGCAAAAAAUCAUGUGCAGAUGCGCCCGGUAUGCAACAUUUAUCAAUUCAUUUUGAAGAAUUUUUUGCUUGUGUCACUCACAAUAACCUUCACAUAGUGUAACACCUAAAUAGGAAGUGCUAAAACAAUGCCAAAAGAUUGACAUCAUACUAUUUUAUUUAUUCAGAUCAUAUUUAUUUAACAUGGCGACAUCUUGCCAUCUCAUUUAUUUGCUUUCAGUGUUAGUAUGUUUUUACCACCUCACAUUUUGGAAACUCAGCUUGUCACCCCUCCCCAUCUAAUUUAGAUUGUCAGCCACGUAAGACUUGUAUAAAAAAUUUUAUCUUCAUUGCUUUGUUAGAAUUUUUUUACAUUUUUACGUUUCAUUUAAGCCAUUGUAAAUAUUUGUAAUUUAUAUAGCUACCUGGGAAAGGCAGUAAAAUGUUCUGAGAUGAAGAGACUAGCCUCUUACAGUUUACUAUAAUUUGAGCCCCAAGUCUUGGCAGCAAGAGCUUCCUUGGGCCAGAUCUAGAGAAGUGCUUUCUUUCUAAAGAAUGUUGUAGCAACAAAACACGGGCAGAAGUCUAGAAUUAACUAUGAUAAACAUUGAAGGUGGAGAAUAUGGACUUAUAUGUAAAUAUAUGUUGUAAUUUAAUUUCUUUUAUAGUUCAAAAAACUUUGUUUGAAAUCUUUCUUAACAUAACUUGUACAUGAUGCAUUGCUGUAUUUGGAAAAUAUAUGAAAUAGUUAAUGUUUUUUAUAUUUGUACGCAGUAAUUUUGUCAUGCUUAGUUUGUCAUGUUGUAUUGUCAGUGUAACAAUGGAGGUGUUGUGCUGGAAAAAAACUGCCCAUGUUUGAUUUCAUCCAUUUAGUUAUAUAUUAAGUAUUGUUGAUAUUCACUCUUGUGUCAGUGUACUGUGUUAAAAAUGUGUUUAAAUGCGACCUGGAACAGAUAAAAUAUACCUUUGGGCAAAGUUUCUUUUUUUCAAAUGAAUUCAUUUGAAUGACCCAUACCAAAUCAUCUGAAAUGUGAUCUUGGGGGCAGUGUUGUAUAAAAAGAAUGGUUACUUUUUCUUUCUUUCUUUCUUUUCUUUUUUUUUUUUUUUUAAACUGAGCUUUAAUCCGUAGGAGCCCACAGUUUUCCAUGGAUUCACUAACUUUUCACAAAGUCUGUUUGAACGAAGCUGGCAUCAUACAGAUCUAACAAUAUUCCAUUGUAUUAAACACAUCUAUAGACUAUAAAUCAAUCUGACUUGUUCCCAUGAAAUCUUUUUGGUACUUUGUGGCAGAUACGAUGUAAGGAUCUUUCUUUUCUUUCUUUCUUUUUUUUUUUUUAAUGUUUCGAAUGAUUGGUGUGGACCACACAGUUAUCUCAGGGUUUCUCCCCUUUUUGUGCUAAUUAUUGUAGUAUUAAUUUCUUAUCUGAGCAUUACUUCCAUAGCUCGAGUUAUUUUAACUGUAACUUUUCCCAUUGAAAUCGGGAUCAAAAUGCUUUUUGUCAUAAAAUUGUCGGAUCUUUAUCCCCUAAUUUUCAGUAAAGUUGAAUACACUUUCAUAUUAAGCUGAAUUAAAGUAUAUUUUUCAAAGACUG